AUGGCAUACAAGAAUGUGGAAGGGUCAUUUAGGGAACAAUAUAAAAUUGUUUAUGACUAUGCCCAAGAACUGUUAAGGUCUAAUCCAGGAUCUACUGUGAAAGUCAGUGUAGAUGAUAACGAUGGACAGAAAACUUUCAAAAGACUAUAUGUGUGUUUAAAGGCUUGUAAGGACAACUUUGUUAGUUGUAGGCCUAUCAUUGGGUUAGAUGGAUGUUUCCUAAAAGGAAAAUAUGGUGGGGAAUUACUAUUAGUUGUGGCAAGAGAUGGUAAUGACCAAAUGGUUCCUUUGGCGUAUUGUGUUGUUGAAGUCGAGAAUAAAGAAACGUGGAGUUGGUUUUUAGAGCUCUUGGUGGAUGAUCUUGGUGGGGUUGAAGUCUGCAGGGGAAUUACCUUCAUGUCCGAUCAACAGAAAGCAGCUGCAGCAACUCACCCUCAAGCAUGGGAGGCCACAAUGAGAGACAUGAAAGACUUGAAUGAAGAUGCCUUUAAACAUCUUAUUGCCAUUCCUCUAAGAUUUUGGUCUAGGUCCAGGUUCACAGGGCAGGCAGUAUGUGACACACUAGUGAACAAUAUGAGCGAGGCAUUUAACAGUACCAUCAUCAAUACAAGAAGUAAGCCAAUCAUCACCAUGAUGGAAGAUAUUAGGAUUUAUCUUAUGAAGAGAUGGGCCAAAAAUAGAGUCAGCAUAAAAAAGGUUGAAGGUUCCAUCUGCCCCAAGAUAAAAAAUAGACUGGAUAACGAAUUACAGAAGACAAAGUAUUGGAUGCCUUGUUGGGCUGGAGAGAAAUUGUUCGAGGUGAACCACGUGUCCAUGAUUGGUGACAAGUUUGUGGUGAACCUAGACAAAUUGGAGUGUACAUGUAGAAAAUGGACAAUCACAGGAAUACCCUGCUGCCACUCACUGACUGCUAUGAGGUUCCUCAAUAUCAAUAUAGAACAGCAUAUACCUCACUGGUUUUUGACAUCAACAUAUGAGGAAACAUAUAUUCCACUGAUAUAUCCAAUCAAGGGACCUAAGGCAAAUAGGUCAUAG